CGUUGUACAGAAGACAGGAAGCAGAUUCACCCUGUUGCUUAAAGAGCAUGAGGCUCACCAUGCAGAAACAGUUGGAAGACGCCUUAUUUUUGACCCAUUCAUUCACACACGUGUCCUCAACCUGAGAGCAAUGAGCAAAAGAAGAAAAGGUUUUAAAUGGUUUGGGAGCCUCGCCAACCUCUCCUCCCGCUGCCCGUCAGAGAAAAGCAAAAACAAAGCCGCCUCUCAGUUUAAUGGAAGUCUCUGUGGAGACAAACAAGCAGCAGCAGUGGCGGUGCAGGAGAAGCAGUCGGUUGACGACAUGAAGUCAGGUCUCCGCAGCCCCAGUUAUGCCCGCUCCAGCGACAUGCACACCCAUGUGGGUACCGGUCCCCGCAGUGAGAAGCAGAAGAAGAGCUUUAAGGGCCUGAAGGUUGCAGAGAGCACAGAGAAGAUGAGUUGGAAGGCAGAGGAACAUGUUCGAGACUCUCCCCUGCUCAGUGCUCUGUCCAGCCUCAGCAUGAUGAGCACAGAGCAGCCCCAGCUGGUUUUGACUCGGCCUCUGCCCACUUCACCCAGCCAAGCAUCACCUUUGACCUCGGCACCUGCCAGCUGCUUCAAAGACCUGUCAGAAGAACACGUUACACAGUCCGAGGCAACAAGAGGCAAGACUGCAAUGGAGCAUUUAAACUUGGUUUCGAAGCAGGAUAUUUAUGUGCCAAUGGACCCGAUUUCUGGAAGAGCUUGCAGCCAUGUCGACCCACAAGCUGAGAAGCAGGAAACCACAGAGGCUUCACAGAAAGUGGUUGCUAAUGGCAGUGUAAAAGCGGACAUGCGCAGUGUCUCCCCGCCUGCUUGCGGCGGCUCCGCAGUCCACUGCGUGAAUCAGACUCUGCGGGGAAACAUGAACCAGGUCCGGCAUGGUGGCUGUGUGUCAGUCCGGUGCAGGGAGAAGGAGACCCAGGGAAGGUUAAUAAAAGUGACCGACUGCAGUGGAGAGUAUGUGAAAUUCUCCAGGGAGAAGCUCUGGUUGGAGCCGCCGUGUGAAAAGCUGAGGAAGCAGCUGGAGGAGGAGCUGAGGCUGAGCGGCACCAACCUUAAGAGUCAUGCCUGGUACCAUGGGCCGAUACCCUGGGAGGUGUCGGAGAGUUUGGUGGUGAAUGGAGGUGAUUUCCUGGUCAGAGACUCUCAGUCCACUCAGGGCGGCUUCGUCCUCACCUGUUGCUGGGAGAACAAAACCAUUCACUUCCCCAUCAGGAAGACGGUGGCUCAGUCCAGUGAGACUUACAGCCAGGCCCAGUACAGCCUGGAAGGAGAGGCCUUUGACUCUAUCCCGUCCUUGGUUCACUACUACAUGGGGAGCCAAAUGGCUCUGAUGCAGUGGAGCAGAGCUCAGAUUAACCAGCCGGUCAACAGGAUGCUCCCGCUCAGUUUUCUGGAGACGGUCUUCAGCACCACCUUCAGCGCACCAUCCAACAAGAGAGAGAUAAAGGAGGACAGCAUGAGAGACAAGGUGGUCUGUCCGAGCAGUCCGUCCUCUCUGCAACACAAACAUUCCAGGGAUAACAGGAAGCAUGACAGCCGGACGCUGAGUCCUGCGGAAGAUUCUCCUCACAGUCACACCCCACGAUCCAGGAGCCCUUGUUGUAGCCAGGCAGCCAGUGUCACAUCAUCUCCAUCCUUAUCAAACCUGUUAGACACCACCAGGUCCCUGCCCUCUUCCAGAAGCCCCCUGCUCAGACAGCAACUCAAUCUACUCGGGCCUCCCCUGCUGCAGGACCCGGCCUCCCCUAAAAAAUAUGACUACACAGAGCUGUACCCUCAGAGCUACGUGGAGAAGCUGCAGGCCCAGGAAGGGACGUCAGCUGUUAACUCGCUUAGUUUGGAGGGCAGGAAUGUGUACUUUUCACCAGUGGUGGAGAUGGUCUCUUGUUUCAAACCUAGCAGGUACAACUCGUCGCUGUUACCCCAAGAGAAUAAGCCACUGGAAGUGGGCAUCCUGCGGAGGGUGAAGGAGCUGCUGGCUGAGGUCGACCCCAGGAUGGCAGCCAAACACAUCACCAAGACUGACUGCAAGGUGGCCAGAAUUUUGGAGGUGACUCCAGAGAUGAAAAGAAAGAUGGGAGUGAGUUCUGGGAUGGAGCUGCUAACGCUGCCACAUGGACAACAGCUGAGAAUGGACCUGCUAGAGAGGUUUCAGACCAUGGCCACCAUGUUGGCCGUAAAUGUGUUGGGCUGCACGGGAACGACGGAGGAGAGGGCAGCCCUGCUGCAUAAAAUCAUCCAGAUCGCAGCCGAAUUAAAGACUACCAUGGGCAACAUGUUCGGUUUUGCUGCUGUCAUGAGAGCGUUGGAGCUGCCGCAGGUGUCCCGUCUGGAACAAUCUUGGACAGCAUUACGACAGCGACACACAGAGGGCGCCAUUCUCUAUGAGAAAACCCUGCGGCCCUUUCUGAACAGCUUGAAUGAUGGACGAGAAAGCUGUCCACUGUCCAGCACCACCUUCCCCCACGUCCUCCCCCUCCUCACCCUCCUGGAGAAGAGCUUUACAGUGGGUGAGGGGUCAGAGCCCUGGGAGACAGCAGAGGCCGGGGUGGAGGUGGUCCUGUUCCACCUUGCAGCGGCGAGAACUAUCGCUCAGCUAGGAGGGAUCUAUCACUCCAACGCUGAGGGCAGAUUGCAGGGUUUCCAGGAGCAGGCCGAUGUCAGGGAGAUGUUCCUCACCGACUUCCAGAUGAGGCUGCUGUGGGGGAGCAGGGGAGCCGAGGAGAACCAGGUUCUCAGAUACUCCAAGUUCGACCAGGUGCUCACUGCCCUGUCCAACCGGCUGGAACCGCCGAUCACACGACGCUGAUCCCAGAUGUGCUUUUACAGACUUUGUUUGACCGUGAACUACACCCCGAUCUUCAAGUGAUGGAUUCUCUUGCUUCUGUAUGAGACUGAUAUCAGUUCAACUCACCUUAAAUGUAACAGAUCCUAAUGUCAGAAGGAAGGAAAGUGUGAAUGCAUGAUAACAAUAACUUUAUUAACUGUUCAAAGCACAAAUUAUUUUUAUCUUGAUAGAAUUUUUUAUUGAAAGGGAAUAUAAUGUGAAAUAUGUUUGUUUUCUUUAUUGUUGUCUAACAUAUAUUUGGGUUUUAACAGUAAAUCCUUGAAAAACCCCAACUGAGACACUCAUGGUUUCAUGGUGCCAUGGCUGUGAUGUGUAAGGGAAAACUGAACAGAGCAGUUUGCAUCCUUUUAUCUUCCCUCAGCCACAGAGAAAAAAAUGUGGUCCAGUACCAGGUUCUGCUAGCACUACUGGAAGCUAAUGAGGUGCGUUUUAAUGAAACUGAUAACUGAGAAGAAACUGACCCUUUACCUGCAGGUUAACAUGUAGAAAUUCUUCAUCUGCCUAAAAGCUGGAUCUUCAUUGAACGUCACAAACAAUAACAAUAAUGUUUCUUCAGUUUUAUUUUUCCCAUCUUCACCUGCUAAUUUUAUUCAUAAAUAGUGAAUAUAAUCUGGUAAAUCUAUUAAAGUAGUGUCCGUUUGAGGGAACAGCUUCUGACAGCAAUAAUUCAAAUGUACAGAGAAUCCCUUUGAUCUUACACUUUAUUGACAUCUAAUAUUUAUCUGUAUAGUGUUAUAACUGUGAAUAAAUAAUGUGUUCCUCUCUGAAAAUUCACUUCAUUGAAUAAAACCUUUCCCUGUA